CGAAUUUUCCAAUUUAUUUUGUAGCCCUUAAAAAAGGAUCAAUUAUUGAAGCGUAGAAAAAAUGUGUCGCAUAAGUGGUGCCAAUAAAAUGUUUGCAAUCAUCGUUUUCUGCUGCUUGGCUUCGGCUUAUACGCAGGCGGCUAUUACCAACAAUUCGCCGCGUCCCAAUAACCAAUACUCGGGCUACCAGCCAAAUGAUGCAUCUGCUUCGGCAUAUUUUACAAAUAAUCAAAAUCAAUAUGUACAUAACAAUCAUAUUGGCAGUGGCAGUCAGCAACAACAACAACAGGAUUCUGCGGAAAAGAAUGUUUUAGAUCGUUUCCACCAUCGUUUCCCGGAUGGCAGCUACGAGUUCCGUUAUGAAUUGGCUGAUGGGACGGCGCGGUAUGAACGUGGCUACUUCCUAAUCUAUGACAAAAUAAAGACUCUGGUCGUGGUUGGUUACUACUCCUACCGUCAAACCGAUGGACGUUACAUCACUGUCUUCUAUAAUGCCGAUCAAAAUGGCUACAGACAGAAUCAAUCUAUUACUCCACAAGUCUACCCCAACUUACCGCGUUCGAUUGAGGUGCCACAAUUCAAGGAGAGUGUCGAUUAUGCCACAGAGAGCCCAAACAAGGGACGCAACUAG